AUGUCACGAGCCGGAACCUGGCUCAAGAUGCUCGGAACCGGUGCCGUCAUCUGUAUUGGCGGCCCAGCAUUGGUCCAGUACAUCCGCCCAACAGACGAGGAGCUCUUCAAGCGCUAUAACCCGGAACUCCAACGCCGGAGCAUCGAGGACGGGGACCGUCGCGCCCGCGAAUUCGAUGAAUAUGUUACUCGGUUAAAGGAGUGGUCGAAGUCGGAUAAGUCGAUUUGGUUUGCGGCGCAGGAAUAUGAGGAGAAGCAGCGGGCUGAAAUGGAGGCACAACGGAGCCAGGUUAAGGAGGAUGCGAAGAUACAGCGAGAGGAGAUGCGCAAGGAGUUGCUCGGUGGGAAGUAA